AUGAAGACUGCUCUGAUCGGCUCGAUUGCCCUGAGCCUAUUGCCGGGCGCAAUUGCUUCCCCCAGUGGGUUUAACCCUGACGAUAUCGUCUUCGCGCGUGCGCUCCCUGAUGCGCCCGACGGAUACGUGCCAACUUCCGUCAGCUGCCCAGCGAGCCGGCCGACAAUUCGUAGUGCCGCGAAGCUCUCCCCCAACGAGACCUCAUGGCUCAAGACUCGCCGUGAGAAGGCCCUGACAGGCUUGAAAGACUUCUUUGGACAUGUGAAAGUCGGUGACUACGAUGUGGUCUCCUACCUGGACAAGCACUCCUCCAACACCUCGAACAUCCCUAAUAUCGGUAUUGCCGUGUCGGGCGGUGGAUACCGUGCGCUGAUGAACGGUGCUGGUGCCAUCAAGGCCUAUGAUAGUCGAACCUAUAAUGCGUCCACCAGUGGGCACUUGGGUGGUCUGCUGCAGUCAGCUACCUAUCUGGCCGGUCUGAGCGGAGGCAGUUGGCUGCUUGGAUCCAUCUACAUCAACAAUUUCACCACCAUCGAUAAGCUGCAGACUCACAAAGAUGGUUCCGUGUGGCAGUUUGGAAACUCGAUCAUUGAGGGUCCUGAUACUGGCGGUAUCCAGAUCUUGGAUUCGGCAAGCUACUACAAGGACCUUGCAGAGGCGGUCGAGUCAAAGAAGAAGGCCGGCUUCGAUACCUCGCUCACUGAUAUCUGGGGCCGCGCACUCUCAUACCAGAUGUUCAACGCUUCCAACGGUGCGCUCAGCUACACCUGGUCAUCCAUUGCCGAUACCACUGAGUUCAAGGACGGAAACUACCCCAUGCCAAUGGUGGUCGCGGAUGGUCGUAACCCUGGUGAACUUGUGGUCGGAAGCAACUCGACUGUUUACGAAUUCAACCCUUGGGAGUUUGGCACUUUCGACCCCACUAUCUUCGGUUUCGUCCCACUGAAGUAUCUGGGCUCACGCUUCGAAGCUGGUUCCCUCCCUAGCAAUGAGAGCUGUAUCAGCGGAUAUGACAGCGCCGGUUUCGUGAUUGGAACCUCCUCCACCCUUUUCAACCAGUUCCUGCUCCAGAUCAACACUACCUCGCUUCCCACUUUUGUGAAGAAUGUCUUCACUAGCAUUCUUGAGAAGUUGGACAAGUCUGAUAAUGAUAUUGCGGCAUACGACCCUAACCCCUUCUACCAUUACAACAACCACUCGUCACCAUAUGCCCGUCAGACUGAGUUGGACGUUGUCGACGGUGGUGAGGACGGACAGAAUGUCCCCCUGCACCCCCUGAUCCAGCCCGAGCGUCACGUCGAUGUGAUCUUCGCCGUCGACUCUUCAGCCGAUACCGACUACUACUGGCCCAACGGUACAUCUCUGGUCGCAACCUACGAGCGUAGCUUGAACAACACCGGUAUCGGCAAUGGUACUGCCUUCCCUGCAGUUCCCGACGUCAACACCUUCGUCAACCUCGGUCUCAACACCCGCCCAACCUUCUUCGGCUGUGACAGCUCCAACAUCAGCGGCCCCGCCCCUCUGGUCGUCUACGUCCCUAACGCUCCAUACUCCUUCCACUCCAACGUCUCCACCUUCCAGCUGAGCACCGACGACACUGAGCGUGACAACAUCAUCCUGAACGGAUACGAGGUCGCAACCAUGGCCAACAGCACUCUCGAUGGUAACUGGACAUCCUGUGUUGGCUGCGCCAUCCUCAGCCGCUCUUUCGAGCGCACAGGCACCACCCUCCCCGACAUUUGCAACACCUGCUUCGACCGCUACUGCUGGAAUGGCACUGUCAACGCCACCGUGCCCGCAAACUACAACCCCACAACCUACCUGGCUGACAAUGCCGGUUCAGCCAUGCUGCCCACCAUGCUUUCGGCGGUUGUUGCUGCUGGUGUGGCUCUCUUCACCCUGGUAUAA